GUUCUGGGCCCCUUCUUUCGCCUUGCUUCGCCUCUCUUCCUCGCACUCAAAUCACGGACCCUUCGACGCAACUCGCUUCAUAGAAGUCAGUCCAUAGCGAAAUCCAAUCGAGCGAGAAAGAAGUUGCCAGAUUCGUGCAUGAUCUUGUACAGACAGAAGACCGACAGACGGACGGACACCAGCGUUGGAGCGAAGGUACUCGAUGCCCUCGUCGUAGCCAUAGUAUUCAUAAAAAUCCGAUUCUCGAGUGGAUCCGCUCUAUACUGCGGAACCGAGGACGAGUCGUGAAGAUCAAGGGGAGGAUUCGAGGUUUAGUCAGAUUUUAGGCCAGGUGUAGAAUUUUGUGUAGGUGUUUGAUAGAUUAAGAAUAAUUAGUUGAGGCCAGGUGGAGGUGUUCUCGGGCGGCAGCUCAGCUCGGUUCGUGGAGGAAACGUAACUAUCAAUUCGACGAGUCCAGAAUUCGCGUGAAUUCUCCACUGAAUUGCCUACUGGUCCUUCGUUGGAGGGUUUGAUCGAUUGAUUUGAGUGAUUGAGUGGUAGAUUGUUGGUGUUGUUGAGUGGAAUUUGGAGGAGUGGGAAGAUGUCAGUGCAGGCUGUGGGCAAGCUAGGGUGGGAGAUAGUGGGCUUCAGCUUCGGCAUGGUGAUGAGGUUCUUGGGUCGGUAUCCGGAGACAGCGCGCUCUUAUUACAAGCCUCCUGAGGACGAUCACGGAAUGCAUUCCCGAAGCAUGAAACACGAGCAUGGAAUUCACGCGCUGCUAGACUUGACGUAUUCCCAUGUCCACCACCCCGGUGACAUGAACCACCGGAGCGAUACAGGCGCUCCUUGAGUUCUGAAUGAAUGAAGCUCAUUACGGAAUGGGAGGAAGGCCCAAUCCGGGGGUAGCAAUCUCGAAUGCCAUAACGUAGCAACAACAACAACAACACUACUUGCAGAUUGCACGCCUCAGGGUUCCAAGUCAGGAUUUCAGAGCCAUAUUAACAACAUCAACUUGCCCACUUUCCGCCCAUGGCCGGCAGCUGCACUCACGGCACCUGCCAUGCUUCCAGCAAUAAUUCUUUAGAUCCAACCUUCAGCGUUUUCUCGACGGGAUAUGGUCUUCCAACUCGAGAGGGAAUGUUCGGGCUUCGGGCACCUUUUAUUGACUGCCUCUUCUCUAAAAGAUCUAAUCGAGUGGUCUUGGAUUUUAUAUAAUGUAGGCUGUAAGCCAUAUCAAUCUCAUCUUACGAUCAAUCGUAGCAUAAUGUUUGUCUUUGCUGUGUAGUAUAUUCCGUUUUUUUCGGAAUUUAUAAUUUGAAACCUCGAAAAGUUCGUCGCACUAAAGACUUGCGCUAGAGGAAUAGACUGGUUAGGUGUUGGGGCUCUUCACCGCCUCCGCACUGCAGGUGUUUCUUACAAAAUAUUUCAACAAGACUAUUGGUAUGCAGCUAGAGCUGUUUACGAAGUGCUAAAUUUGCUC